CUCGGUCCCUCAAGUGGCUUUUUUUAGUUGUUGGAUUGACACUGCACAAGAGUUUGACGUAAUUGUAUCAUACAAACUACACAGUGUAACGUGAAACCUUUCACUAAAGGUAUGCUGAGAGCGAUUGCUGAGCACAGUGGGAGAUGACGCCAUCUAAGACCGAUCCAAACCAGAAACUAUCUUAAGCUGAGAGAGAUACUGAAGCUUCCCUUUAGCGACCACCCACAGCCUCCACAAGCCCACUCAUGAUUAUGUAUUAACUUUUGGACACGAAUUUACGCACGGGGCAGGGCGCACGACUGUCGAAUUGUGGAGGAAAAGUCAUAAAAACAAACACUCUGCAGAGAGAAAGUAGUGACAGCUGCUGGCUCCGAGGACGCACAGGGUGGACAGAAACAUGACGCAUCACUAGCAACAUGCUGUAACGGAUGCUGUAAGUAAGUAGUAAAUGGUAGGUUAGGUUUGUGUGUUGAAGAUUAUUUUAGUCCUGCAGUUUUCCAAUGUUUAUCCUGCUCUAGUAAUAUUAAUUAGCUCAUUAAUAUAUGACGUGUGCGCGCACGUAUCGGCCACCCAUACGCGUUAUUCCACAUGUGAGAUGCAGUACAACAACUAUCCUUAACCGUCAUCAGAGCAGAAUCAACAGAGGGCAGGUUGUAUAUUUUAUGUUUUGUACUUUGUUCCCAUUUCCUCUUACAUGAAGUUCUGUGAGGAACAAAAACCUGAGGUAAUCGGUGUGAUCCUGGUGAUUGCUGUCACAGUUCUGAGAAUUAAGGCAGGAGCAGAAGCGUUUGGCAGCAUGUUCGCAUUCCAAGGAGGAAGAAACAAACUGCGGCACUGGUUGACGCUGCUUUCUGGACUUGUGGAGAGUUUGUUUUUCACAGGGCUCGCCUUUGGCUGGGCUUCUCUUGUGUUUGUGCUAAAAAUUGAUGGAUACUUUGCUGGACACUGUGCCAACACCACCAGAGAGGAGGACUAUGCUGUACAUAUAGAUUGUCAGGAUGAACACUUCCCUCUGGUCAUGUCUGUCGCUUCCAUUGCCAACACAAUAAUACGCUUCCCCAUUGGCUAUGUCUUUGACAGCUGUGGAACCACAGUAACAAGGCUAAUAGCUAUAUUCUUGUACACCACAGGCACACUGUUCAUCUCACUGUCAAACACAGCGACGUCGGUGUUGCUGUACCCUGCGAUGUCAUGUCUCAUUACCUCUGGAACAAUCCUCCACCUCACUAAUGUUCAGGUGGGAAAUCUCUUUGACAACUAUCGCUCCACCGUCAUCAACAUCUACAAUGGGGCCUAUGACUCUUCUGCCGCUGUGUUUCUCAUCAUAAAGUUGCUACAUGAAAGAGGAGUGUCUCUUCAUUCGUCCUUUUUCUUCCUCACCUCGUGCAGCGUAAUCCACUUCCUAAGAACCUUCUUCCUAAUGCCCAGAGGACAUAUCCCCUACCCGCUGCCGGAAACCUUCACUUAUGGAAUAGGCUGCCCCGGUCAAAGCAGAGGAAAAGGAGAGGGGGAAAAUAAAAUGAAGGAAGUAGAUGUGAAGAAGGAUCAAAAGCAAAAGAGAGCAGAUAAUGAGACACCUGCCUCACAUCUGCUCCAAAAGACACUGCAGGAGCCCAAGCAAGAGCAAGCUACUUUCCAGAGCUGUGUGAUGUCCUGGCUCUUCCUGUGGCACCUGGUGUGGGUGGUCACCAUCCUCUUCUGUCAGGUCAUCUUCUUAUCUACUGUCAACCCCAUGCUUACCCGACUGGCCAAUAAUGACCAAACCUUGGUGAGUCACUACACCAAUGCAUUUGCCUUCACCCAGCUGUGUGGAGUGCUGGUUGCUCCCAUAAAUGGGCUCAUCAUGGACAGAUACAAGCGCAAGCCUCUGGCUCCAGGAGAGACCAAGCGAGAAGCAGACCUGCGGUCAUCCUCUCUUGCUCUCUUCCUGACUUCUCUGCAGUGUUUUCUCUUCUGUGUGUGUUUCACCUGUCCUGUGCUGCCUCUGCAGUACCUCACCUUCGUCUUGCAGGUUGUCAACAGCGCCUUCUUCUAUGGAGGCCACCAAGCCUUCGUCAGCAUUGCCUUCCCAAUGUCUCAUUUUGGGAAGAUGUCAGGGGUCGCGAUGUCUUUAUCAGCUCUGGUGCUGCUUCUCCAGUUACCAAUCCAUCACUUCAUCCAGCACCUGCUCCACGGUGAUCCGCUCUAUGUAAAUGUGGGCGUCACCUUGGUGUCUCUGCUCGCCUUUAUUCACCCUCUCCAUGUCAGCUUCUACUGCAGAAAGCUGGCCAAACAGAGAAAGACUGAACGAGAAGUGAAUGAACAACAGUCAGCAAAAUGUUGACUUUCUCUAGUGUAACCACUUCUAAAAAUAAAAGGAAGAAGUUGUACGAUUGUUAUACUGGGUGUGGUGAAAACCUGACGAACACUAUACAAACAGAUAUUCUGCUGACAUGAUGAUCACAAAUCCUUCCAGUUUAUGUUCAUGACCUUUGUCUGCAGGUUUUCUGAACAGUCUCCCUGAGAUUAACUCACUCAGUCAAAUCAAAGAAUCAAUACCUAAUGAUGCACACACUAUAAGCAAGCACACCCUUUGCCCGGCUAGCUCAGUCAAACUCUGAAACUAUCUCAAGCCUGAGAGGUGAUCUGUUUUUGUGUUUACUCUAUGAUAAUGCACAGUGCAGCAAAAUACGGACUAUGCUCUUUAAAGAAUUAUUUACAGAGAAACGGCCUCUGCCCAAAAAAGGUACAAUGCAGUGACUCAUGUACCAAUAAGAAAGGAUGACACCCAGAAUAACAAAAUAAAAAGAGGGAGGAGACUGUGCUCCGGCUUCAUUCAUCAUCUCUCCCUCUUGUACCGUGAGUUACUAUGGUUACAGGAACACUGAAACUUUAUAAUGAUUCUCUAUAAAAUCAUGAAUGUAGCCUGAUUGCUAGUUGUUGAACUGUCUUUGUAGUCCUCAGUAAAUAUUCAGGUAAAAUGUGUGACCACAGCACCAAAUCCACACAAAUGUUCAGCUCUUUCUCUCUCUCCUGUUUCUAGACUGACUUUCUAGUCUAACUAGUUUCAUUGUUUUCUGGACAAUGUUCUGAUCUGUGAACAAUUUGUGUUUACUGCUCAUCUAAUGUUUCUGUUUGUACCUACUUGUCAACCCCCAAAUACAACAAGAGAUUUGAUGUUGAUUGAUUUGUCGAUCUCUAUCGUGUGCAUGUGUUCAGUCACUUGUUAGUGUGCAAUUUGUUGACUGCACUAGUAGCGUUUUAGGGCCACAAGUGAAAUCUUGCUUUGGGCCACUAAAAGUCGAGGGCUGGUCCUGAUUAAAAUAUUGCACAGAUCUUGACAUUUGGCAAAGAUUAGACCGGUGAGCACCUUUGAGGAUAAACCUUUUUUGUAUACUGGCUGUACCUCUGAUGCCACCCUCAGGCCAAACUAAAUUCUCUUUAAUCGUUUUUUUUUUUUAGCCUAGUGGUAUCAAAAAAUAGCAUUUGUCAUCCAAUAUGUACUGCUCUCCUUAUUUUUACUUUUAAAACAUACUGUGUAUAUAUAUAUAUAUUCAUAUUGUUAUAUUUUUAAUACUUGUUUUUAUCUUUCUUAUUUUUAGAGAAUGUUUGACAUGCACCAACAACACCAAAAUAAAUUCCUUGUAUGUGUAAAAAAAAUGUACUUGGCUAUAAAGCUUUUUCUGAUUCUGAUUUGUGUAUAAUGUAUAAUAGUUACAUCAUUUCAUCGUACCAGCAUGGUUAUAUUCUAUUAGUUUUAUUGUAUGAGUGGAGGAAGCCUCUGUUUUGUUUAUCAUCCCAAAGUAAUGCUUUAUUUUAUUUUAUUUUUUUAAAAGAUUAUUUUUUUUGGCCUUUGCUUUAUUUGAUAGACAGCUGAAGAGUGACAGGAAAUGUGGGGAGAGAGAUGGGGAAUGACAUGCGGGAAAGGGCCACACAGGUCGAGAAUCUGGGCCUCCGCAGCGAGCCUUCACAUAUGGGGCGGCCGCUCUACCGACUGAGCCAAACGCCACCCCAAGUAAUGCUUUAUUAAUUGAAAUAUGAAUUAUUAUAAUGUUUAUAGAGAUUUUGAAGUGUUUGCAACCUGUGAUUAAAAAUGUGAUCAUCUUCUUGAUCCUCUGAGUUUUAAGGGUUUUCUCAGAAAUGUUGGAUAUGUGGGAAUACAUUCAUCUGUCUAUGAACUGACAAUCUUUGAAUCAUACAAUUAUUGAAGAAGUGAUAUUACAUGGAUAAACAUGUUUACACAAAGAGAUACUGUGCAUUACUUUCAAAAUUCUGCCCUAUUUUAGAUCACUUUCUUUC